AUGCGGAUUGCGCCCGUCUUUAUCAUCUUUGUGGGCUUCCUUGCCAUCGGCGCUUCGUUCAUCCUGCAGCUGCUUGUCGCUCUUGGUCUGCCAUACAUCAAGGGGAUCUACUUCCUCUACGUCCGAUUUGCCGACCAAUCCAGCUCGACGAUCCUGCGCACUACGUUUGGUAUCUGGUCGCAAUGCUUUGAGCAAGGCGGGGACACGUUGUGCACACCCACCGGCCUGGGCUACCAACAGACGCUCAACGGUAUCGACAACGCCAUUGACCGAUUCUUUGUCGACAAGCUACCCUAUGCGCUGGUGCUGCAGCCCAUCUCGGCUGGUUUGACCGGCGCUGCUGCCGGCGCUGCUUUCCUCCACCUCUGCACCAACACGUUCCUCUGGCCGCUGGCCGCACUCUGGGCUUCGUUCCUCACCAUGGCGAGCCUGGUCAUCGAGCUUGUCCUUUUUAUCUUGGCGCGCAACAAGGCCAGAAGCUUCCAGAGCACUGGUUCGCUCUCGCCCAUCGGUAGCGAGCUCGGCCCUGCCAUCUGGAUGCAAGUGGCUUCUCUUCCGCCCGUCUUUUUUGGCUUCAUGAUGCUUGCACUUGGCUGGUACCUCAAGCGCUCUAGUAGCAAAGACAACUACUAUGACGACUACGAGCCUGCCCGUCCUGUCUAUCCCGCCAACGACUAUCCGGAGAAGGACUACUACCAACAGCCACAGCGUCCCAUCAGCCGUGCCAGCCGCAGAUCGCGCUACGACGACUACUACGAGCCGGACGACUCGCGCGUCUACGGCAACGUCGGUCGCCGAGAAUCGCGUCGCAGCCGCCGCGAUGUUGCUCCUGCAGACGACUACUAUGAUGAUGAACCGCGCAACAGCCGCCGUUACAGCCGCAGGAGCUACGACGACCGUGCUCCUAGGAGAAGCUUUGGUGGCGAUGCAUACGGAAGCAGGACGCAGCUUGCUCCGGAACCUGCUGCUUACCGCGGCGGACGUUCGCGACGCUACAGCGAGCGCGGUGCUUACUAG